CGCCGGCGACGGAGGCCGGAAGGCGUCGCCCAUUCUGCUUCGUUCACACCCAUCGCGGGGCUGUGGCCGACGAUGCGAACCAACUGCAUCCGACCCUCGAGGCUCGGUGCUGGGCUGGCUCGCUCAUGCUGUCGUGGUCUCCCCCUCCUCUCCCCCUCCCUCCAGACCCCAGAAUCCCCUUCCGCUCUGCUUUCUCCUCGUUCUUCCUCCUCCUUAACAUACUCCUCGGCUCACCAUGACGGUACAGCAACAGUCGCGCAUCUCCGAGGCUGACGAGGAGAGCGUGAAUGCACUCCUCGAGGACUACUUGAACAGUUCUAUAGAGGAGGAGGGCAACCAGCAGCCCUUCGUUGCUCCGGGCACGCAAGCAGAGCGCGAUAGAGUAUGGACUGCCUGGACCGAUUUCUGUGGACUUACCAAAAAAAAGCAUGGUGUAAUUGACAGCUACGGUGCUCCGGAGAGCCGUCGUGUUGUCGACCCCUGCCGCUUCUGGGUGGACUUCGCUCGGGAGCCGUCAGCCCUAAGGCUUCAGGCACCAGUCAAGGCCUUUCUCCACACAUAUGUGGAAAACUCCGUCAAGGAACGUGUCGUGUUAGGGCCGGAGGAGCGCGCCAUGGUCCGCACGCUCAACUCCGCUUACAGUGUCAUUGAGGUUUGGCGGAGGCUCGUCGCAUCGGCCGAUUUCAAGGUCCUCCGUGGCGAGCGGGCAGCGCUGCGGAAGGCGGAGAGAUAUCUGGAGGCCGAUCGGCUUUUUCUAAGGUGGGAGCAAGAAGGCGAACGACGUGAGGGACCUGCCUAUCUCAUUGUCCAGUGGAUCCUCCUCAAAAUGUCGCCAACGCUUAAGCUGGAGAUAAAUACGUUGUACGUGAAGGUUGAAGCGACAGCAGCGGACAUCAUCGUCCUUCUUCUCGCGCUAUACCAGCGUGCUGAAGAUAUACCCGCUUCGCCACUUACGAGGAUGUCGUUCCACGCCGCGGUCCUUCUCGGCGGUACCGGCGGUUUCCGGCCCGGCAGCCUUAUGAAUACCCUGUGUCGGCAGUACACCUUGUCCGUCGUGCGCAAUCCCGAUGACAGGACCCAGACGAGGAUUGUUGUUACACCCAACAUCGGUCGGAACAAGAUCAAGAUGACCCAGAUGACCUGUAAAUACAGGAAGCAAAAAUCCGUCGCCUACUCUACCACUCUCGUGCCGUUUCCCGUCCUCUGCUUGGCAAGCCUCGUGAUCACCCGGGCGUUGGAGAUGGACGCUUUAGCAAUCAGCUUUGAGUCGGCCCACGAGCUUCUCCACCGUCCAGCCCUUGGAAGGACCGACCGCAUCGACAUUCCCUGGAAGGAGGAAUUCCUGGACAAGCCUCUUUUCCCACUGACAUACCCCCAGUUUUACGAGCUGUGGAUGCGGUGCCUCCUUGUCAUCGGCUGCCGUAAGACUAUCCGCCCUUAUGCUCUUCGCGUCGGUGCUGGAGCCCGCAUGGAUGACAGCCUGUCAAGUGCCCUACGGAACUACGUCAUGAAUCACUCGGGAGCCAUUUUCGAAACCGACUACCAAACGGGCGUCGUGAGACCUAAUCUCGCCGCAUUAGCUUUUGGGCCUAAGGCGGUGCGCCGGGAUGAAACGCUUUUCAACGACCUUCGCAAUAUGACCCUUACACGGGAUGAGGGUGCCCCCAUCUCGGUGUCGAAAGAAAAGAUUGCGGAGUUCCAAGGACGAAAGGACAUCGCCAGGUUCCGCGCCGAGAUCCAGGCCGCAACCGACCAGGGUGAGAAGAACAGGCUUCACAGACAAAUAAAAAGCACCAUCGAGACUUGCAAGAAGCUGCAGCUCGAUGCAGAUCGCCGAGCCUACUUCGAGGAGGCGGACCGGUUGCGUCUCCGGGGUCUUGAGCCGGAGCCGACGCCCGGCGCGGGGGGUCCGGGUAUCGCGGCUCCGGUGGCCGCCCUUUUAUCGCGCCUAAGGCUGCAAGACGAGAGCGAGCCAUUAACGAUCGACACAAGCAUAUCGGAGCUGUAUAUCGAAGCGCAGCGGCUGCACCUCUCGUCCAUCGCACUUAGCCUGCCACGGCAGGUACCAGAGCAAGUGGCAGCUUCCAAGCCGCAACGGGCACCGCAGGCUCCAGAGACAGCGGCAGCUUCCAAGCCGCAACGGGACUCCUGCUGUUUCGUCUGCUCCAAAGGCUACGUAAACCGCUCUUGCCUUACGCGACACUUCCGGAAUAAACAUCUUGCCGACGGCACGUUUGACAAACCUUUCGCUUGUCGCGAGUGCAAGCGCGCCGGGGCGACAGAGGUUGUCGUCCACGGCCCGGCACAGUGGUGCAAUCACCUCGAGCAUACCCAUGGCCUGAUCCACACACCAAGCGUCAAUCCAGGUGCCAGCCCUCGGGAUCGUCCGUCAAAUCCGCCGUUGAUCUGUCUUCUAUGCGAGACACCUAUGGCAUCUGCGAGUACUCUCCUCGACCACAUGAACCGGACCGAGAUUCCCCGGUAUCGUAAGGGCCUUUCCGUCGCCUGCGGCGCCUGCGCUCGUGAGGGCCAAGUUGACGUCAAACCCAUGAGCAUCUGGGAAUGGCUGACGCACGCUCGAGCCGUCCACAAGUGGUCUCUUCCUCACGCGGAGCCGUGCCUUCUCUGCGGACAUCUCUGCACCCCAGGACCCGGCUUCCGGAAACAUUUCACCGCUCAGCACAGCCACGGGCUCGGAAAGCCUCUAGAGUGCGCCGCAUGCGUGGCUUCGGCAAUGCCGGCGGGAGGGAUGCAGGAGAUCCACGGGUUUGAGGAGCUCCUCCGCCAUGCCAUGGACAAGCACUCAGGACCGGCUGUUGCCGGGGGAAAGCGCAAGAGGGACGGCAACAUGGACAGCGAGCUUGCCACGCGCAAGAGGGCCGCCAAACAAAACGUGGCGUACAAGAAGGAGCGUUCCCCUUUCAUCGUAUACGAUACCGACAACGAUCUGUGCCAUGACGUGAUUAUCUGCGCGUCGACUGUCGACGAGCAGCAAAAGUGCUAUCUCGAAGAGAAUCAUAUGGGCGCAAGU